AAGGAUGGCGAGGAGGAAGAAAUCCAAGGCAAAGAUGAUGCAGGAGAAGAGGAAGGAGGAUGAGUCGACAGCAAAGAAGAACGCGCCCUCACCCAAGAAACGACAACGAGCGAUCAUUGAUUCCGAUGUUGACUCCCCGUCAUCCGACGAGGAUGAGAUCCAACUCCUAGCAGACGAUUAUGCAGACAACCUAACCUCCAGCCAUCGGCACUCCGAAGACGAGCAGGAGGAGGAGCUCGAGGACAUACGAGCUGGCAUCUUGCUCAACUCCAUCACCAUGUUCGAGAGCGAGCAGAUGUCGAUGGAGCCGAUGGAGUCGAUGAGGAAGAAGCAGCGAAGAAGAGCCAAGGCGACGACUUCCCUCCAGGAGGUGGCGCUGAAGCUUUCAAGGUUCGUCUACCACAGCACUGAAGCCUCGCACACCAUCAAGUUCUCGGCUGAGGACACGAGCGAGGCCCUCAAGAUCGUGCGGCUAGGGAACGCUUUCGGCCUGCAAGGGAGCGUGAAAGAGGCUGCCAUGGUGCGGGAGAUCCGUUUUGACUGGCAGCAGGAAGCGGUCAUCCCCAAACCCGUGCAUAUGAGGAGGCUGCUGCUCGCCCUGGGUGAGCACGUAGAGGAUGAGGGGUCGCUCAAAGGAAGGAUGAGAGGGGGCAAGCUCGAGGCAGCACUGCGCAAGAAGCCCAAGAAAGCUCGGAGCAUCGCGUUCUCCUCAGCUGGGCACAUGCAGGAGGGACAGCAGUCUUCUCAGCGUUCGGAGGCUGCCGGGCAGGAGGCAGCAGGGUUAGGAAGGAAGAAAGACGGUAUCAAGGAACCAAUAUUGGCGCAGCAGCGGAAAGGGAAAACAGGAAUAGGAGCCUU